UGUUUACAAAUCGCGUAUGCGGGUCACUGCGUUCGCCAUUGCUGUAUCAGCAAGAACGCGAAGUUCAUCAAAUAUUUCAGCAGUUUCUGUUGCAUUGCACGUUCCGUGCCGUUCAUCUCGCCCGUCCGCAUUCGACAGCCACCACCAAAAUGAUCGACCGUACCUCUGCAGAGGAAGAGAUCAGUCGGGCGAUCAACAGUGCGAUGGGCUACACGAUGAACGCGACCGAGUACUUCAACGGUUUGGACAAUGGUUCGUUCACGUCAACCGUGGCGGGUGCCAGCGCCACGAAACCGAUGGGCCGUGGACGUGGCGUCGUCGACGUAUCGCACAGCCGGCUGGAGGAAAUCCGUCUAGCCGCACGCAUCAGUCGUCUCCAGGCGCAAAACUACCCGAUGGGGCAUCUGCCAACGACGCGUGAAAUAUUGGCCGGAGAUCGGGCGGCAGAAAUCACCGCCGGUCUGCGUACGCUCGGUAUCCACAGUACGGACAGCCAGCUCAGCAGCCGUACUACCAUACCGACCGUUGUCAAGGAAAAGAUACGCGUCGACGGGAAGGUGCCUUUGAUCCUGGACGGUGAUUUGUUCCAUCAGCGCUACUGCUCGGAAGAGGAGGAUGAAGAUGACGAGUCACAAAGUGCGUCACCGAAACCGUCCGAAGACAUGAAAUACGAUCCAUCGAAACCGCUCACCGUGCUGUUUCCGACGAUUGUCGAAUUUCGACAGCCGAUACCCGACCCGGAAUCGAGCGGAAGUGAGCUGAACACGAGCGUCACAAGUUCCGCCAGCUCCAGUUCCUCGAAAAACAGCUCAAGACGAGGUAAGAAAAAGAAGUGGACCAAAGUGCCGGUAGACAUGGUACUGUCCUCCUCCAAGCAUAUCGGGCGUGAGGAUGGGGAUGUUGUUUGCGGUGGUCCUCCGCUGCCGCCCCACAGCAGCUACCGAAGUCGUACCGUGUACAGUGCGGAAGGGAUGCGAAACAUCAAAUGAGAAGGGCACUGUGGGUGAGCCUUUUUUAAUGGAGCCUGUUCCAGUUUGUUUACAGAAAUACUAGAGUAAUAGAUUUUAGAAUAAUGCCGAUAGCAAGAGAUAGCGCAGAGGAAACGGAAUAGGAUAUGUUCAGCGAUUUAUUCGGCGAUCGCGUGUAGGAAAAGGGUUUUAUAAAAUAACUGCGCAAUAUUAUUAAACAUUAUGAUGGUCCCUGAUACACAGUUAGGCAACAUCCGAAGUGGUUUUCAAGGUGAUUGUUGUUUAAAGCAAGCCCCAAAAUAGCGUGUAAAUGGGUAAAGAAGCGAAUCGAUGUCUUGUGAUUAGAAUUUUGGCAUCGUUUGUCGAUAAGAAGGUGGAUUAGGUUGAUACACAGGCUUACAGGUAAAAAAAAAUGAACAUCCAUAGAGAACUUUUUCAUACAACUCAAGCAAACAGCAAGCAUGAAUUCGAUGUUGGGAUGUGUCGAUUGCAAGAAUAUAACAUGCCUGAUAUAUACAGGCUUCUCAGGCGCGUUUUCAUACAUCAUGAGUUAUAAUGUCCAUCAAAUUCAGGCCUUAUUGGACAAUCAGGCACAAUACCAGGACACUGUUAUUAGUGAAGCCGAUCAAAUAACCAUAAAAUUCACACCAUUAUAAGAAUCCAUGCAAAGAAUGCCAACAUUCAGCCAUAUAAAGGGAAAAUUCACUGUCAGUACAGAACAUUUAUAAUAGGCCAACCAAUUGGGGGAUUUAAAUUGUGACAGUUCCGUAGUACAAUCGUCAACUCAUACGACUUAACAACAUACACUUCAUGGGUUCAAUCCUCAUAUGGACCGUCUUCCCUUAGCAAGGACUAAACUAACUAUAAAAUACGAAAGCCUCUAUACGGUCCGACAAGAAAUUACUCCAAAUAGAAGCAGAAGAGAGGAACCAGGGCAGUGCUCCAUGUGAAACCGAGCAAAAGAUUAAAAAUUUCAUAUCAUAACAAGAAUUCGAUGCAACCAUUCAGCCAUCCACACAGUGCAGAACUAUUAUAGCAAUACCUCUUAGUUGGGAAUUAAAUUGGAAAAUAGGCCAUCUUCAGGAUUGAAUCAACAACACCCUUCUACAGACUAAAAGGGGGCGGUCCCGUGGUACAGUCGUCAACUCGCACAACUUAACAACAUACCCAUCUUAGGUUCUCAAGCUCACCUUCCUCCCCUUGUAACAAGGACCCUAACUAUCCGACUGCGUAGUACUGAAUAAGACUCAAAAGCGCCUGUAUAGGCCGGACAUGUCCACGUAUGGCGUUACGAGAAAUAGAAGAGGAAGUUCAUGUAAAAACCGAACCAUUUUUUCAUGUUCAAUUAAACACUUUUUACAAAAAACGUCCAGUAAACCUGAGUGCGCAAAGGCCCAGCCAUGACCGACAUUACGACCUAACGCCAAGCAGUCAAUCAUGUAAAAUCACAGAGAGUUUAUAUAAACGUUAAGCAACGAACGAACCAAGUUCGGACUGUGAUUCGAUUCUUCCACGUCACAUUAGGCACUCUUCUAGUUGCUUUGAAACGGUCCCAAAUGAAUUGUCUGAAAAUAAUUGUUUCUGAAUUAUAUUAUUAUUGCCAUGAAAAUGUAAUGCGUCCAGCUAAAUUCGUUAAAAAAUGCAUAUCACAACUCCGGUGAAAGC